AUGGCUCCCGGCGGUGGUGCCCGAGUCGAUGGUGGUGCGCCGCCUGUUGUGGCCGUGCUCAUGACGGUCGCUGUCGUCGUCCUUGCGGCGGCGGCGUCGACGGUGUCCGGACAGCAGGAUGACCCAGCGCCAGCUGCGGCGUGCGCGAGGCGGCCCGUGGUGUUCGCGUUCGGGGACUCGAACACGGACACGGGCGGCGUCGCGGCCGGGCUGGGGUACUACUACCCGCUCCCCGAGGGCCGCGUCUUCUUCCGCCGAUCCACCGGACGCCUCUGCGACGGCCGCCUCGUCAUCGACUACCUCUGUGAGAGCCUGAACAUGAGCUACCUGAGCCCGUACCUGGAGGCCGUGGGCUCCGACUUCACCGGCGGCGCCAACUUCGCCAUCUCGGGCUCCUCCGCGCUCCCCCGGAACGUCCCCUUCGCGCUCCACGUCCAGGUCCAGCAGUUCCUCCACCUGAAGCAGCGCUCGCUCGACCUCAUCGCCCAUGGCGGCGGGGCCGCUCCCGUCGACGCCGACGGCUUCCGGAACGCGCUCUACGUCAUCGACAUCGGCCAGAAUGACCUGUCCGCCGCCUUCGGGAGCGGAGCGCCAUACGACGACGUCGUCCACCAGAGGAUCCCGGCCAUAGUGUCAGAGAUAAAGGAUGCUGUCAUGACCCUCUACUACAACGGUGCCAAGAACUUCUGGGUCCACGGCACCGGCCCUCUGGGCUGCCUGCCGCAGAAGCUCGCCGCGCCGAGGCCCGACGACACCGACCUCGACUACAGCGGCUGUCUCAAGACCCUCAACGACGGCGCCUACGAGUUUAACGCCCAGCUGUGCGCCGCCUGCGACGGCCUGAGGUCGCAGCUGCGUGGCGCCACCAUCGUCUACACCGACGUCUUGCUCAUCAAGUACGACCUCAUCGCCAACCACACCGCCUACGGGUUCGAGGAGCCGCUCAUGGCGUGCUGCGGCUACGGCGGGCCGCCCUACAACUACAACGCCAACGUGAGCUGCCUCGGCCCGGGCUUCCGGGUGUGCGAGGACGGCACCAAGUUCGUCAGCUGGGACGGCGUGCACUAUACCGACGCUGCAAACGCCGUCGUGGCUGCAAAGAUCCUCUCCGGCCAAUUCUCCACGCCCAAAAUGCCCUUCGACUACUUCUGCCAGGCAUGA